AGAGCUCCAGUGCGUUUCCCCUCUAUAAAUAUGAGCCCCAGAGCAGGUUCAUGUCUCAGGCCCUGAGAGUUCAACAGAUUGCAAUGGCUCGUAUCAGUAUCAACCCCGCAGCGUCCACCGUCCUCUCUCUCAGAAGGCGGGCAUUUGCCGUGGUGGCGGCGGAGGAGCGGCGAGCACCGGCGACGGGAGGGGCGAUGGAGGGGAGAGCGACUUCGGCGGCGGCGGAGAAGGUGUACUGGAUGAGGGACCCCAAGACGGGGAACUGGAUGCCGGAGGAUCGGUUCGGCGACGUGGACGUGGCUGAGCAGCGAGCACGGCUUCUCAGCUGCUGGCCUGCGGGCAGAGCAAGCAACUGAACCGUCUGCUGUUUUUAUCUAAGAUUUGGCAUUGCAGAAUAAGGAAUCCGUGGUGUGAAUUUCAGAUUAAUUCCGGAGUAUUAAGCUUGUGGAAGAACUAUGUGUUGGGAUUUCUAGUUUCUCAUACACUUUUUAUAAAUUUUUAGAGUUUUUUCUUUUUUCUUUUUUCUUUAAUAAAAAUUAGGUUCGCUGGGCUAGGCUUGUGUUGCGCGUAGACCUAGCUCAACGCAACUUAAAUUGAACUAGGCCCACACAACUUUCCAUAAGUGGGCAUAGACCCGACCUAUGCUAGUUCGAGUCCUUUAGGACUGUUUCAUAAUUAAAUUAACUAAUAUUACUGAUGCUCUCAUUCGAAUCA